AUGUCGUGGUCUCUCAUCCGCCCGGCCGUGGCCCAUAACCUUCCCUCGUCGGUCCCAGUUGACCGUUUCUCGCGGCGUUCGCUGGCUCGUGUGCUUGAUGCUGCACCUGCGGCUUCAGCCUGCACGUCUGUAAGCGGCCAGCGGAAGUGGCAUAAUACCCUGGGCCGCCAGACUGCUCAAUGCUCGCGAGCACUUGUCGUCCGUAAGCCACAGCCGCUGCAGUUGGUGCGCCAUGCCUCGGUUCUGUCCUCCAUUCCGCAGUCGCGCUCCGCAGCCGCCUAUUCGACCAAGGUUCUCCCGCCCACGACCCCGUACGCCAGUCUUACUAUUGGGGUGCCUCGUGAAACCUUCCCCAAUGAACGCCGCGUGGCCCUAAGCCCCCAGAACGUGGCCCUGCUCCUCAAAAAGGGCUUCUCGCACGUCCUCGUUGAGCGAGGAGCUGGGAGCGAGGCCGACUUCCUGGAUGCCGCCUACACCAAGGCCGGCGCAACUCUGGUCGACGCUGCUGCCGUCUGGAAGGAUGCCGACAUCGUCCUCAAAGUGCGCGGGCCAAGCCCCGCCGAAGUAGACGGCAUGAAAGAGGGCCAGACCCUGAUCUCCUUCCUGCAGCCCAUGCAGAACAAAGCUCUGGUUGACAAACUCGCUGGCAAGAAGGCCACUUCCUUCGCCAUGGACCUGAUCCCGCGCAUCUCUCGAGCCCAAGUCUUCGACGCCCUAAGCUCCAUGGCCAACAUUGCUGGCUACAAGGCUGUCCUGGAGGCUUCCAACAACUUUGGCCGGUUCCUGACUGGCCAGGUCACUGCUGCCGGCAAGAUCCCGCCCUGCAAGGUGCUCGUGAUCGGUGCUGGUGUCGCCGGGCUGAGCGCAAUCGCCACUGCUAGACGCAUGGGAGCCAUCGUGAGGGGCUUCGACACCCGCUCUGCCGCCCGCGAGCAGGUCCAGUCUCUGGGCGCCGAGUUCAUCGAGGUCGAUAUCCAAGAAGACGGGUCGGGAGCCGGCGGCUAUGCCAAGGAGAUGUCUAAAGAAUUCAUCGAGGCCGAAAUGAAGCUCUUCACCGAGCAGGCUCGUGAGGUUGACAUCAUCAUCACCACUGCGCUGAUUCCUGGAAAGCCGGCUCCUAAGCUGAUCACUACCUCGAUGCUCGAAGUCAUGAAGCCUGGCUCCGUCAUUGUCGACCUGGCCGCCGAGGCCGGCGGGAACUGCGAGAAGACUGAACCGGGACAGCUCGCCACAUACAACGACGUCAAGAUCAUUGGCUACACGGACCUGCCCUCGCGACUUCCCACCCAGUCGUCCACGCUCUACUCGAACAACAUCACCAAGUUUCUGCUCUCCAUGAACCCCGUCGAGAAGGAGUUCGGCAUCGAUCUGGAUGACGAGGUGGCCCGCGGGGCCAUUGUCACGCGAAACGGCCAAGUCCUACCCCCCGCCCCUCGGCCGGCACCACCUCCUACGCCUGCGGCUGCUGCUCCCACGGCUGCCAAGGAGGCCGAGGUCGUUGCGCUCACCCCUUACCAGAAGACAUCGCGCGAGGUUGCCCUCGUCACCGGCGGUAUGGGUGCCGCCCUGGCCCUGGGCAAGCUGACCGGGCCCAUCUUCAUGAGCAAUGCUUUCACCUUUGGUCUGGCUGGCUUGAUCGGGUAUCGUGUCGUGUGGGGUGUCACUCCUGCGCUCCACUCUCCGUUGAUGAGUGUAACAAAUGCCAUCUCCGGCAUGGUUGGCGUGGGCGGUCUCUUCGUCCUCGGCGGAGGCUAUCUGCCCCAGACCAUUCCCCAGGCCCUUGGCGCUGCCUCCGUUCUGCUCGCCUUUGUCAACAUCUCUGGCGGGUUCGUCAUCACCAAGAGGAUGCUUGACAUGUUCAAGCGCCCCACCGACCCCCCAGAGUACCCUUGGCUUUAUGGCAUUCCCGCCGUCUUGUUCGGAGGCGGCUUCCUCGCGGCAGCUUCCACCGGAGCUGCCGGCCUCGUUCAGGCAGGCUACCUUGUCAGCUCCGUCCUCUGCAUCAGCUCUAUUUCCAGCCUGGCGUCGCAGACCACGGCGAGGAUGGGUAACCUGCUUGGCAUGCUCGGCGUGGGAUCCGGCGUGCUCGCAUCUCUGCUCGCUGUGGGCUUCUCACCCGAAGUCCUCACCCAGUUCGGUGGGCUUGCUGCGAUUGGAGGCAUCCUCGGCUUCCUGAUCGGCAAGCGCAUCACCCCUACGGACCUGCCCCAGACCGUCGCAGCCUUGCAUUCGGUUGUCGGCCUCGCCGCCGUCAUGACCAGCAUCGGAAGUGUGAUGGCUGACCUGUCCCAUGUCUCGACUCUGCACCUUGUCACUGCCUAUCUCGGGGUUUUGAUUGGUGGGAUCACCUUCACGGGCUCCAUCGUCGCCUUCAUGAAGCUCGCUGGCAGGAUGUCUUCCCGCCCGACGAUCCUGCCCGGCCGCCACCUCAUCAACUCGGGCAUGCUUGCCACCAACAUGGCUACCAUGGGCGCCUUUAUCACGAUGGCACCUGGGUCGCCCAUGAUCGCUGCCGGGGCCCUCGCUGCCAACACAGUCCUGUCGUUCGCCCAAGGUUUCACUACGACUGCUGCUAUCGGCGGUGCAGACAUGCCUGUCGUCAUCACCGUGCUCAACGCCUACAGUGGCUUCGCCUUGGUUGCCGAAGGCUUCAUGCUUGACAACUCUCUGCUCACCACCGUCGGAGCACUCAUUGGCGUCUCUGGCUCUAUUCUCUCGUACAUCAUGUGCGUGGCCAUGAACCGGUCCCUUACCAACGUCUUGUUUGGCGGCAUAUCCGCACCCCAGCAGUCUGAUUACAAGAUUGAGGGCUCGGUGACCCAGACUAGCGUCGAGGAAACAGUUGACUCGCUCGCCAAUGCAGAGUCGGUCAUCAUCGUCGUGGGCUACGGCAUGGCCGUUGCCAAAGCACAGUACCCGAUUGCGGAAAUCACUCGGAUGCUGCGCGCCAAGGGCAUCAACGUUCGUUUCGCCAUCCACCCCGUUGCCGGGCGCAUGCCUGGUCAGUGCAAUGUGCUACUCGCUGAAGCGUCGGUUCCUUACGACAUCGUCCUGGAAAUGGACGAGAUCAACGAUGACUUUGGCGACACCGAUCUCACACUAGUCAUUGGCGCCAAUGACACAGUCAACCCUAUUGCUCUGGAACCCGGGAGCCCAAUCGCAGGCAUGCCCGUCCUGCAUGCUUGGAAGAGCAAGCAGGUGAUUGUCAUGAAACGCGGCCUGGCUAGUGGUUACGCCGAUGUCCCCAACCCCAUGUUCUACAUGCCAGGAACACGCAUGCUGUUCGGCGAUGCCAAGACUACCUGCGACGGUAUGUGA